AUGAGUGACUCCAUGGACAACUAUAUUCAAGUUGGAAUUGAUAUUGGAACAACCAAAUGCUGCAUUUGUGUUGUUGGUCAGGACGGGAUACCAACAGUUCUCGAAGUAGACAUGACGAAAUUAGACCACAAAGAGCUUCUCCCAUCUUAUGUUUCAUUUAUUCCAAAUCAAGUUAUUGUUGGUGAAGCUGUGAAGAAAAUGACACAAACAAGCAAUGUGUUGUAUGACCCGAAGCGCCUACUUGGUCUUUCUCUUGAAGAAAUACCGGAAGAUGAAAAGAAAUCAUUUACAUUUGAUAUUGACGAGAUAAAUAAUCGUAUAGUGUAUAUGGUAGAAAAUGGGAAUAAAAACAACGAGCCUGAACCUUUUCGUCCUGAAGAAGUGACUGCUUUUCUUGUUCAAACACUUUUUGCUAAAUUAGAGGAGAUACCCGAGUACAGAAACAAGAAGAAGAAAUAUGUUGUGACACAUCCCGUUUCAUUCAAUGAGAACCAAAUAAAUUAUGCUGAAAUGGUAAUGCAUCUUGUCGGAAUCACAACAUUCAAAUUUUUACCAGAACCAAUUGCGGCACUACUAAGCAUGAAGACGAUGAUGAGUGAGAUAAAAGUAAAUGAGAAGGUUCUAGUUUUAGAUGUUGGUGGUGGGACACUAGAUGUAACAAUAUGUUCAUUAAAAAAGAGUGGGUACUUUGAGUGUGAAGCAUGUAAUGGUGAUUUUAAUGUCGGUGGAAAUGCUGUUGACAGAGCAGUGAGUGAAUUGAUCAUUGCUAAAACAGCGAAUAUAGAAGAUUAUUCCACGUACUUUUCAGAGCCAAAACGUGCACUUAUUACUGAAAAAAUAGCUUACCAAAAGAAGAAGGCUCGACUUCGGGUAGAGUCUGAGAGAGUAAAAAUACUCCUUUCGUCAAAUGAAGUUGUUGAAGUCAAUCUCUCCUUUUUAUUUGAUUCAACUGUAGGAUAUGUGAUGGAAAUUAGUAGGGCUGAAAUGAAUGAGAAAUGUAGUGAUUUAUUUGCAAAAUAUGUUAGGUGCAUUAAACAAACGCUUAUAGAAAAUAAUGUUAAUUCCAGAGGCAUUAAGAAAGUGAUAAUGACUGGUGGUGCGUCUGAAAUGAUUGCAUUACAAGACCAAGCAAAAUUGAUAUUCAAAGAAGCUGCAGUAUUUGUUGUUGACACGCCCGAGUUGGCUGUUGUAAAAGGUGCCUCAAUGUAUCAUAAGGGAGACAUUCAAAAUGUUAUCAAUCAUUCGGACGAAGACAUUCGCGUUGAAAUUGGAUCAAAGUGUGAAGUGAUUGUUUCAAAAACAGACUUACUCCCAGCAGAAGGGACAAAAAGGGUUGCCACCGUAGUGGAUGGACAAAAGAAAGCAGUGUUCAAGAUUUACAAAGGAGACAACUCUCAAGCCGAUUUUAACACAUUUGUUGGAGAGUUUGUGUUUGACAACAUCCCAAUUCAAAAAGCCGGAGAUGUUGUCUUUGUUCUGAAAAUUGGAGUUGACACUGUUGGUAAUAUCGAAGCAGAAGCACAUAUGAUUAAUGGAAGAACAGAAAGGAUAAAAGCAACUGUUUCGUUUGAAAAGAAUAAAGAAGAUUUUAUUUUUACUAAAAGGCACUUUGAUUAUAAGGCAUACAAUUGGAUAAGCGCACAUCCGGAAGAGAAGCGUCCAUCCAGUGUAUCCUCACGAUUUUGCUGGAUACUAAUUUUUGUUUUACUAAAUUCAUUACUUGUCAUGUAUUUAAUAGGUGUUGGACAAAAUCGGGUUUUCGCUUCAUGA